AUGUCUGACCCGUCAAAGUACUCAAUCGGGUGGAUUUGCGCCAUCAGCACUGAGUACGUCGCUGCUCGAGCCUUUCUCGACGCAACACACGACCCUCCCGAAUGCGUUGCUCCGAACGAUGGCAAUGAGUAUACGCUUGGGCAAAUAGGCAAGCAUAACGUUGUUGUCGCUGUUCUGCCAGAUGCCGAGUAUGGAUUGUCGACAGCGUCUGCCGUUGCUAAGGGCAUGCUGUGUUCAUUCCCCAACAUCCGCGCUGGCCUUAUGGUCGGCAUUGCUGGAGGCGCCCCCAUACUUAGCCUUGGUCGGGAUAUUCGGUUAGGGGAUAUUGUUGUCAGCUCUCCAUGCGACGGACACGGCGGCGUGUUUCAGUAUGACUUCGGCAAAUUGGUCCAGACUGUAGAUGGACAAACCUUCCAGCCAACCCGCUUUCUGAACCAACCCCCGGACGUUCUCAGAGCUGCUGUUACCGGCCUGAAGGUUGAGAUCGAAGAGCAGGGCCACACUAUUGAUCAGGAAAUUGAAGCAGUCUUUGCGAAGAAGCCAAGACUACGAUCGAAGUAUAGUCGACCACCUCCCGAAGCAGACAAGCUUUACUUAAGCCAUGUUGUUUCCGACUCGAGCAAGCCAGAACCAGGGCCAGAAAUGCUGGUACAUCGACCUAGACGAACAGAAGAAAAGGACAACCCGGCCAUCUUCUACGGACUAAUAGCCUCUGCGAAUCAACUCAUAAAAGACGCUACCCAGAGAGACAAGCUAGCCAAAAGCAAUCAAGUCUUAUGCUUUGAAAUGGAAGCAGCGGGACUUAUGAAUCACUUUCCUUGUUUGGUGAUCAGGGGCAUCUGUGAUUAUUCCGACUCGCACAAGAACAAGCAGUGGCAGGGCUAUGCAGCUAUGGCAGCAGCUGCAUACGGGAGGGCCAUAAUUCGACGUAUUCAGAGGAACCGGCUUGAACUUGAGAAGAAAUUAACAUCAGUUCUUUCCAAUGAUGUUGAGAAUGUCAGGCAAGAUGUGUCUCAAGUCAAAGUCAUGAUAGACUACGGCAACCUUGACAAGCUCUCCGUGGCAGAAGAGGCUGAGUACAAUUCGAGUCACAAUCAGCAUGAGCCGAAAUGCCAUCCGAAAACAAGGAUCGACCUACUGGAAGAGAUUCAAGUCUGGGCAGAAGACGAAAACGACCACCGUAUCUACUGGCUUAGUGGAUCUGCUGGGACCGGAAAGUCUACCAUUUCUAGAACGAUUGCACAGAGGUUCUACAAUGAGAAGCUACUCGCUGCCACCUUUUUCUUCAAGAGAGGUAUUGCUGCUUGCAACACAGCAUCAAUGCUAUUUUCAACUAUUGCUCGCCAACUAGCGAGGCACCGACCUGCACUACAGAGCUUCCUAAUAGACGCUAUUAAGGAGACAGACAACAUUGCCUCAAAAGGUAUUGAAGAUCAAUACCGUAAACUGAUCUUCAACCCAAUGGAGAAUGCUUUUAUAAACAUCUAUGAAAAAGUAUUUGAACAGGUCUACCGCAAGGUCUACAAAACGACGUUCAAGCAAGUGUACUUGGACCUAAUCAAGACAUCAAAAUCUUCGGACCACUCGAUUGAUGUCGAGAAAUAUGCCGAUCGAGAAAUUGUCAACGACCUUCAGUACAUUCUCAAGCCUGCUAUCGAGGAAGCCCUGAGGCUCGCCCAUGGAACGAAAGUUGCAGAAACCCAAAUAAACGUGGACGCCAUGAACACAGACGUUGAGUAUAGCUACGAGCAAAAGUUCGGGGGGCUUCUCAGAGGCGAAGCCUUAGCUAUGUCUCGGAGACUGGCUAGUAUCGCUGCAGGAGAAGACGAAGCUUCUCAAAGAAUGGCCAAAAAGGCAGCAAGAGCAAAGGCGUACGAGAAAGCUUUCGAGGCAUCACAAGAAGAAGUCAAAUUGCAAACUUCGUUUCUCGUUCUCGAUGCAUUGGACGAGUGUUCAUCGGCGGAAGACAUUGCAGCCUUUGUCCCACUGCUAUCUGAGCUCUCCAAGUCUAGGGUUUUCAGCAUCAAAGUAUUCCUCACUAGCAGACCAGAACACGCUGUUCGCUGUCCAUUCACACCGAUCACAGGUCUCUACGAGAAGGUUCUGCACAAGGUUAUGCCGGAAAUCGUCUCCAGGGACAUCAGAAUCUUUCUCAGGGACGAAUUGGCGGCUAUGAAAGAUAAGUGGAAUGCCAGAAAGCGGAACAACAAGAGACAGCAACUGCAACUCGGUUGGCCAGGAGAAUCGAGACUAGAAAUUCUGGUGGAGCAAGCCAGCGGCAUUUUCAUUUUCGCAGCGACUAUAUGUCGCUUUCUCGACGACCCUUUUCAGAACCCUGAAGAUCAGUUGUCCCUUGUCAUUGAUGCCACGAAGGCAGGUGGUAUUAACCACAGAUUGUCACCCACAUAUCUCCCUGUACUCUGGCAAUUGAAGAUAAACCGCACCAAGCAAGAGACGGACUUCAUGUUGAACAUGUUCCGGAGAAUCGUUGGGACCGUCAUUCUGAUCGAGCAGCCAUUGCCUGUCGAUUCAAUAAGUGGUCUACUGGGCAUCGACGUCACACAAGUUGAGAGAAUACUGGAUCCCUUGAUUUCUUUGAUCGACAUUCCGGAAGAUCGAAAUGCGCCUGUCAAGCCUUUUCAUCUAUCUUUUCGGGAUUUCCUCUUGAGUCCGGAGGCUGGAAACUUCCAAAUCCUUUAUCAGCAAACACAUCAGCAAAUCGCGCUUAGCUGCAUGGAUUUACUUACCAAUACACGUCGGCAUCAGUUGCAUUACAACAUGUGCAACUUAGAUUUUGCGUCGCCGUCAACAGUCGACUCUGACUCGGUUUCGCGGUACCUGCAGCCACAUGUCCAAUAUGCAUGUCUUUACUGGGUGUAUCACCUUUCGGAGGGUGGUAUGCGCAUCCAAACCGGCGACGAGGCCUACAAGCUCCUGAGGACUCAUUUGCUCCAUUGGCUUGAGGUUCUGAGCAUUCUUGGACCGGUAGAGAAUGCAAUAUCCAUGCUCAACAGACUGAUUGGCCUUGUCGAUGUAAGUCCACCUUCGCCCCGCUUUUGCAGGUUGACGUUACUGAGUCGAAGCUGCUAG